CAGAGGGCUGCUCUCUCAUUUGUUUCUGCUGCCACCUGCUUCCUUGGAACAACCUAUUUUGACUUUGGGCAGGUCACAAUGGCACAACAAAUGUCUGCUGGGAGGCCCUUCUUUGGAGGAAGGGGAUUCAGCUCUGCAUCUGCUAUAGGUGGACUAGGAGGGCACAGAACCUACUCAGCCUCUGUAGGCCACCCAAUCGGAAAUGGAUAUGGGGUCCGUGGCUUCAGCAGUCAAAGUCUUUCCAAUCUGGGUGAAAGCAGAAGAAUUUCUCACGGUGGCUAUGGUGGUUACGCUUCUGGAUUUCAUGGAGGCUAUGGUGCUUAUGGCUAUGGCCAUAUGGGUUAUGGUACUCUGGGGUUUGGUGGCAGGAUGGGUCAUAUUGGAAAUGGAGGACACUCCUACUUCAGGGGUGAUGGCAUCCGAGGAGUCACAAUCAACGAGAAGCUCCUGAAACCACUCCAUGUGGGAAUUGACCCACAAGAACAAGAAGCACGGAAUCACGAGAGGGAGGAGAUGAAGACCCUGAAUGACCAGUUUGCAUGCUUCAUUGAUAAGGUCCGAUACCUGGAGCAGCAGAACAAAGUUCUAGACACAAAGUGGAGACUCUUGCAAGAGUGCGCCAUGCCAGAAAAGAAGGACCUCUCACCGUUCUAUGAGAAUUUCGUCAGCAACAUGAAAAAACAGCUUGAGUGCUUAUUAAGUGAAAAGGACCAACUAGUCCAUGAAGAAGCUGCCAUUCAGCAGCUGGUGGAGGAAUUCAAGACUGGCUACGAAGAGGAGCUCAAAAGGCGUACAACAGCAGAGAAUGAAUUUGUGUUGCUCAAGAAGGAUGUAGACGGCAUCUUUCUGAGCAAGGCAGAACUGGAGGGCAAAGCGGAUCUGUUGAGUCGGGAGCUGGAAUUCCGUUCUUGCAUCCAUGCAGAGGAACUAGCACAGCUAGACUGUCACAUCUAUGACACCAACAUCCUUUUGCAAAUGGACAACAGCAGAAACAUAGAUGUUGACCUCAUUAUCAAAAAUGUCGAAGCCUGGUAUCAAAACGUCGCCCAGAGGAGCAAAGAAGAAGCAAAUGCUUUAUAUGAAAACAGGUUCCUAGAGCUUCAGGAGCAGAGAGGGAAAUAUUCUGACAAUCUGAAGAUCAACCAACAUGCGAUUGCUGAUCUGACCCGGUUGCUCAAUAAGAUGCAGUCUGAACAUGACUUGGUGAAGAAGCAGGUCGAUAAUUUGCAGUCAUCCAUUUGCGAUGUUGAACAGCGUGGUGACAUUGCUCUUAAAGAUGCCCAGGAUAAGCACACAGAGCUGCAAACUGCACUACAGAAGGCCAAGGAUGACUUGGCUCACUUGCUGAAGGACUACCAUGAGCUUCUGAAUACCAAGCUGGCCCUGGAUAUUGAAAUUGCUACUUAUAAAACACUACUGGAGGGAGAAGAGAGCAGGAUCUGCACAGGCAAUUUUGUCAGCAUCGAUGUUCUCAAGCCUGAAAACUCCAUUGGCUACCAAGCGCCAUUUGGAUAUGGGGCUAUUGGUGGAGAAUAUGGUGGAAGGAAGAAGUGA